AUGGCGCCAAUGAGUAACCAAAGUAUAAAUUACAGUAGUAAUUAUGGCGAGGACUUGACUGCCCGUGUCAAUGUCCUUGCCUCCUGCUACGUCGUUGACUCUUCCGCGAACCUCAAGGGCCUCCACUACUGCACUACGGGGGGGCCGAGUGGUAUUCCUGAGGUUCCUUCCUCAGGUCUGCCCUCUCCUCCUUCAAGUCCCCCCCUCGCCGCAUUAACCUCGUCCAACGAGCUCGCCCUUCUUCCUAAGCAGAAGAAGCGCGACAUUCCAGGCCGCCGCCUGGAGCGACGAGGGGGGGCAGCACUCAUGAUCAGGGAAGAAUGUGAGAGAUUCUUCUGUGAGACCAUGAAGACCGUGUUCCUUGGUGAGAGGAACCUGUCUAUCCAUGGCUCCGGCUUGACAGGUGCUUAUUUGCAAUCGCCGCCACCAGACAACCACCUCGCGGAUCCAUUCAACCAGGGCCCGGACGACGUUCCGGCUGGCCCGAGGAUCGAGGCCUGGAUGGAAGUCUGGGACUACGCUGGCGGAUCGAGCUUCCGCGCCUUUGUGGCAGACGAUGGAAAGGAGAAAUCACUUUUCAUCUUCUUCGACACCGAAGGCGUGCUAGGAAGAGACUUGAAAAAGGCUCUUAUGGCGCUCAUCGAACUUGCUGAUGGUCCUCUGGCUUGUAGCCAGAUCGUCACAUGUCUUGACCGCCGCAUGCCUGCGGACAAUGCUCGCGACUUAAUCAAGAGCCUUCAAUGGGUUGGCUUCGACAUGGCCACGCUGGAUCACUGGGCUCACGACCUGGACGUGACGAGCAGCCAGUGGAUCUUUAUGGGUAUGGAGCUCUAG